AUGGCUGGACAGGAGGGAACGAUGACGGAGGAGGAGGAAACGAGAAGAGGAACAGAGCAGACGGAAGGGGAAGAGCACUUAGCAGAAGAGGAGCAGGACGGCGAGGUCCGGUCAGCACAGGAGGAGCUGGUGUUCUUCAACGACGACGGCAGCUUCCAGACGGCGGUGGUGGGGCGCGACCUGCGCGCCUCCGACCUGUGCCAGCUGCUGGCGCUCAAGAACCGCGUGGCCAAGGACGUCAACUGGACGCUCGUCGAGCACUGGGUGGACUUCGGCCUAGAGCGCAACCUGGAGGACCACGAGGAGGUGCUGGCGGCGCACUGGGACAUGCAGUGCUCGUUCGGGCGGCGCGCCGAGAAGCGCUUCGUCUUCCGCAAGGACUUCCGCAAGUACGAGUUCUUCCACAACCCGCAGGUGAGAGACUCUCCUCCUCCUCGACGAUUGUCGCAAUUUUUCCCAGCCGAUAUGGUGGACAUGUCUCGGUGCGAGGAGCUGACCGGCGUUCCGGCCUCCGACCACGCCACCGCCCUGCAGGUGAGUCCCCGAUGCACCUGCGAUGCUCCUACCAAAAAUAAUGUGGCUGGGAAGAAAGGCAGUGAUGUGUGUGUGUAUGUGUAUGUUUCAGUUAGACAACAAAAUCAUAUCAUUAAUAACAAAACUACAUAA